GUUGCCUUUGAUCCCGGAAGUGAAGCCCCCAGGUUCCUCCUCCCUCAAAGAUGGCAUCCUCUGAGCAAGACUUGGAGCCGCCGCGGCUCCCCGAUCUCUUCGAAACCAGCAAGCAGCUUCUGGACGAGGUGGAAGUAGCGUCUGAACCCGCUGGCUCCCGCAUAGUCCAGGAGAAGGUCUUCAAGGGAUUAGAGCUCCUUAAGAAGGCCACCGAAAUGUUAUCACAGCUCGAUUUGUUCAGCCAAAAUGAAGAAUUAGAAGAGAUAGCUUCCACCGACCUGAAGUACCUGUUGGUGCCGGCAUUUCAAGGAGCGCUCACCAUGAAACAAGUCAACCCCAGCAAGCGCCUAGAACAUUUGCAGUGGGCUCGAGAACACUUUUUAAACUACUUGACUCAGUGCCAGUGCUAUCACAUAGCAGAAUUUGCGCUGCCCAAAACCAAGGACGACUCAGAGGAAAAUAACACAGCUCAUUCCUCCGUGGCCUAUCCUAACCUCGUUGAAAUGGCAUCUCAAAGACAGGCUAAAAUAGAGAGAUACAAGCAGAAAAAGGAGUUGGAACAUAGGUUGUCUGCACUGAAAUCUGCUGUGGAAAGUGGUGAAGCAGAUGAGGAGUUUGUCCGUGAAUAUUACCUCCUUCACAUUCGAAGAUGGAUUGGCAUCAGCUUGGAAGAGAUCGAGAGCAUUGACCAGGAGAUAAAGAUCCUGAAAGGAAGAAACUCUGCAGAGGCAUCAACUUCUCAUUCAUCUCAACAAGACAAGCCUCCAGUGAAACCCUUUAUUCUCACUCGGAACGUAGCCCAAGCCAAAGUAUUUGGAGCUGGUUAUCCAAGUCUGGCGACUAUGACGGUGAAUGACUGGUACGAACAGCAUCGGAAAUAUGGAGCAUUACCAGAUCAGGGGAUAGCCAAGCCCACACCAGAGUUUGAGCUCGCCAGAGCAUCUCAGCAACAGGAAGGUCAGGAACAAAAGGAGGAAGAGGAUGACGAGGAAACACUCCACCGAGCACGGGAGUGGGAUGACUGGAAGGACACCCAUCCUAGGGGCUAUGGCAACCGACAGAACAUGGGUUAAUCUCCACACAAGAAGACAGGACUACAGGGGUCAACACCUCCCUGCCAAGUAAAGCUGUGCAGUCUUACACUCCCUGGGCUCCUGCUUUAAUUGUGUGCAACCAAGGCAAGGAUGCUUAAUCCUACUUUGUGUUCAAUAAAGUGUUGAAUGAUUAAGUGUGUAUUCGUACCCUGGAUGAUGAGGCAGCAGUGUUAUUUUGGCAUUAUCCUCAUUAUGCUAUGUUCCAGUUUCGUAAGUAAAAAGAAAAGAGCACUGAGAAAUGGCUCUGUAUCGUCCGUGUAUGCAUUCUCUUUAAAAAAAUAAUAAAAGGCCCUUCUGUUACAUAAACCUGUGUAGAAAUAAUGGGU